AAGAAACUGUGGGUCCGUGGAUCCAUAAAAGACGGUCAGAGACCGAACAUCCUGCACUCAGGUGAUUGCUGAUUACACACAGGUCGUGUUGAUAAAAAUGAAGACUAUGCAGGUUCUGUCCUUGACUCUGCUGUCUGUUCUUGCAGCCAGCGCUCAGGUCUUUAAGUUUGGCAAAUGUCCCAAACCUGACGUUCAGGCUAACUUUAAUGCAACCAGGUAUAUUGGGAAGUGGUAUGAGAUCCAGAAGCUCCCAACAACCUUCCAGAAAGGUGAGUGCGGCACUGCCACCUACAGCCUGAAGAGUCCUGGAGUCAUCGGUGUCCUCAACAGCGAGCUGCUGGAUGAUGGAACCAUUAACUCUAUCGUCGGCUCUGCCAAGGUUAAAAACCCAGCCGAGCCUGCCAAACUGGAGGUCUCCUUUGACUUAUCUCCGCCUGGUCCCUACUGGGUGCUCUCCACCGACUAUGACGGUCACUCUCUGGUCUACGGCUGCACCGACUUCGUCCUGUUCCGCAUGGAGCUGUCCUGGAUCCUGAGCAGGGAGCCCACACUGCGCGAGGAGACCGUUGAGCAGCUGCACAGCAUCCUGACCUCCGUCGGUGUCAAUGUGGACAAGAUGGUCCCCACCAACCAGGACACAAACUAUUGCAGUGCUAUGGUCCAGUAAACGCAGGACUGCGAUAACACUGCAGUGUGUGUGUGUGCUGCCUCCUCUUUGUCUGUGCAAAAUCAAUGCAAAUAAACCUGUAGAAAGAAUGACCA